AUGCCCAGCAUCGGGGCAGUGGAUGUUCCCAAUUGGUGCGUGGCGGCUGGGGUGGCUGGGGCGGCUGUUCUUACACCCGCUGCCAUCUAUGCCUACCUCGUACGACAGUGUCGAGCACGUCAAGCCCUCUUUGCUGAAAUACCUCAGCCAAAAGAGCCAGGACCUAUCUUCGCUGGCAUUGCUGAGUUGCAAAGGAUCCAAGGGGGGCACUCACCGGUGGAGCCUAUGAAGGAGCACUUCAAGGACUUGGGGCUUACUUGGGGUGGUACGCCUGCCAGUGUGGCCUUUUUCCUCAGUUGGAGUUCAUGCUCUUUACGGCGGAUCCUGCCAUCAUCGCAGAGAUUCAAUCCAAGAAGGAUGUCUUCCAUUCGCGCCACAGCGGGACCGCCUUUGCUACCACCAUUCCCGAGGGCAUGCUGGCUUUGCGAAGUGAUGGUCCUCAAUCUCCAUGGGCUCUUCACCGCAGGUUGA